AUGCCUCUCACCAUCCUCUCCCGAUCCCAGCUCCGCGAACUGCUACAUGCGCUUUCUCGCGACGAGAUUCUUAAUCUGCAGCGCAACCUCGCCGAGGCUCUACGAGAAUACUCCAGUGGAUCUCAGGAGAAGGGUUGCUCGGCAGCUUACCAACCUCAGCGAACAGCCAUUACUCGUCAGAAUGGUACCACAACCAUCUUCAUGCCCGCCAGCACGGGCAAGACAAUCGGCAUCAAGAUGAUUUCCCUGCAGGACGGGGGCACUGCCGGCUGUACUAUUGAACGGGACACCGUGGAUAUGCAGGAUAAGGAACAUAUUGCCAAGCGCAGAGGAGGCUCUUUCCGGAACUCGGUGGCUUCCAUAUCUUCCGACAUGAGCGAUUUGUCUGUAGGCUCUCAAGAAGACAAAGAGGACAGCAACUCGCUCAGCCCCGCCACCACCACCACCAACGACAGCAGUACGGCAGGAUCGAGUACGGAUAGCUCCACCCUCCUCACUGGCUGUGUCAAUCAGCAAAAUGUCACCUCGAACGUUUCUAGAACGCUUGGCGCUUGGCCGGGCGCAGGAACUCGUGACACAUCACCGCGCGGCAGUGUGACACUCCUAGAUGGCGAAAGUCUGCCGUUUGCCUUGAUCAACGCCCAUGAGCUGACGGCAUUCCGCACGGCCUUGGCUUCGCUGAUGAUGUUCAACAGGCGCAAGAAGGUGCGCACUCUUCUCGUAUUCGGAGCGGGCACCCAGGCUUACUGGCACAUCCGCUUGGCGUUGGUUCUCCGCGGUGAGGACAUCCGCCGGGUAUACAUUGUGAAUCGUUCUUUCGAUCGCGCAGCCAAGCUUCUUCAGGAAAUCUAUCAGCCCGAAAAUACCAAAUGGCGCGGAGACGUCAAGUUUUCCGCCGUCAGCACGGAUUUCGGCGAGUAUAGUCGCAUUUUGAAGGAUCAUGUGCGCAAAGCCGACGCGAUCUUCUGUUGUACUCCCUCUCCAGAGCCACUUUUCCCUGCGGAGUACCUCACCGCAGGCGAAGGCCGUCAAAAGGGUCGGCUGAUUUGUGCGAUUGGAUCAUACAAGGCACACAUGGCCGAGAUUCACCCGGAUAUCCUCCGAGAUGAGGUCAAUCUGCAGGCUACACAUAGCCAUUGGCACAAGCAUAUCCACCGUAGUGGUGUGAUUCUAGUGGAUAGUCUAGACGCGGCCAUGAAAGAGGCGGGCGAGAUUAUCCAAGCCGGAAUUAAGCCGAAACAGGUUGUCGAGUUGGGCGAGCUCCUGAUGGUCCGUGAUGCCACCCGUGAUGCGGCCACUGUGGAUGAGGAAAAGAGUCUGCGUGAGUGGUCACAACGGGGGAAUGUCAUCUACAAAUCGGUUGGGCUUGGACUAAUGGAUCUCGUGACUGGCGGAGAUUUGGUGCGCUUGGCGCGAGAGCGGAAGUUGGGGACCACAGUGGAGGACUUCUGA